GACAAUACUAAAUUUAGAAGAAAAAAUAAAAUAAAAAGAAAGCGAGUCAUUUCAUAACAACGAGGAACAGAAUCACUACCAAGUACUAAACAUUUGCACUUCUGAAUCAUUCUUGAUUCUCUUCAGAUUCUAAUCUUUAGUGGUUAUACUUUGACGUCAUAUAUACAACAAACAACAUGGCCGAAGAGGAACCAAAGAAGGUGACCAAGACCGUUAACAACGUUUCAGAACCAUCUCCAUCUUCGCCAGCUCCAGCGCAGGAAACUGUUGUUACAGCGGUUGUUGCUCCACAAGAGAAGACUGUGGCUCCAACUCCAGUUCUUCCAUCUCCAGCGCCGGCGGAGAGGAAGCUAGAGAACUCCAAGGCUCUUGUUCCCUUCGUCGCAAAAGAAGUAGAAGAAGAGAAAAAGGAAGGGUCGAUUAACCGAGAUGCUGUCCUGGCUAGAGUUGAGACAGAGAAGAGGAUGUCACUUAUCAAAGCUUGGGAAGAAGCUGAGAAAUGCAAAGUGGAGAACAAAGCGGAGAAGAAGCUUUCUUCUAUUGAGUCAUGGGAGAACAACAAGAAAGCAGCUGUAGAAGCUGAGCUCAAGAAAAUAGAGGAACAAUUGGAGAAGAAGAAGGCGGAGUAUGUUGAGUUGAUGAAGAACAAAAUAGCUCAAAUUCACAAACAGGCAGAAGAGAAGAGAGCUAUGAUCGAAGCUAGACGUGGAGAAGAGAUUCUCAAAGCUGAAGAAUUAGCUGCUAAGUACCGUUCCACUAGAACUACUCCGAAAAAGCUAUUUGGAUUCAAGUGAUUUAAUUGUAUCGAUGUGGGAACAUGCAUCUAGUGGUGUUGCUGAAAUGUUUUCUUUUUCAUUUAUUAAUUUGGGAAAUAAGCCAAGAUGGGUUUUCAUUCGUACAUUCUGGUUCGCUUGAUAUAAUGCGUGGGUCUAAUUUGCAACAUAGAA